CAGCAGCGGCCAGCAACUAGGCCGCCAGCCUGCUCCUCCCUUUCCUGCCGUAAAGGGCUGCCGCCACAGCAGCCACGGUCCAACCACGUGGAGCCCUUCACACCAUCUAGUCUUCACUCCUUUUCUAAUUACCCCAUUAAUUGGUGUUAUCUUUGAACAUGAAAUAAUUAGGGAUUUUGUGACUCAAAUUGAAGUUCAAGAUUGCAAGGUCCUUCAAUGGUGGUUGAGGGCCUAUCUCUUACAGGGGAUAGAUCCACUUUCAGGUUGCCAUCUUUAGUGCGGAUGGAUGUGCUGUUUAUGUGUCAUGUGUUGCGAUUGCAAGGACAUCGUUUUCGAAAGGAAGUUUGAAAUUGAGUUAAAGUUGUGAAGGUGAAAGCUAUGGAGGUUGAAUUAUUCAGAAAAUUUCAAUCUGAAGAAGAUACAGUUGAAGCUGAUGCUGAAUACGAUAAUUUGGGCUCUGAGGUUGAAAGAUGUGGUAUAUGCAUGGAUGUUGUUGUUGAUCGGGGAGUUCUAGAUUGCUGUCAGCACUGGUUUUGCUUUGAUUGUAUUGACAACUGGUCCACUAUCACGAAUCUUUGCCCAUUGUGUCAGAACGAAUUUCAACUGAUCACAUGUGUUCCAGUGUUUGACACUAUUGGAACCAGCAAAAAUGAUGAGGACUUGGAUUCCAGAGAUGGUGAUUGGUGUGUUGAAGGGAACGACAACAUACUUUCCUUUCCAUCCUAUUACAUUGAUGAAGAUGCAGUUAAUUGCUUGGAUGAUUAUGGCUGCAAAAUCCGAAGUGGAUCAUUGUCUUAUGAAGAAACAUCAAUCCUUGAUACUUCCAUUGCCUGCGAUUCAUGUGAUAUAUGGUAUCAUGCUUUUUGCGUGGGAUUUGACCCAGAGGGCACGGGUUUAGAUUCAUGGUUGUGCCCUAGAUGUUCAGUUAAUGAAGCAAACCAGAAUUCUGACCUCAAGAAAAUCUGUAAUUCUGGAAAUGAUUCCAAUUCUCAUCAUCUUGUUGACACAUCUUCCGGAAAACUGUCUAUAUGUGUUGCUGAUACCGGUGAAACAGCAGUGGUUGUCUCACGAAUAGAUGGUCAAGAUGAUGUCAAUGUACCAAUCACGAAUUGCCUGUCCAAUCAAGAACCUAGUGCUCAUCAUGAAACUGAGCAAUCAAUGUUGGGCCCUGAUUAUUGCUCAAAUGAAAUGAAAAAAGUUUUGAAUGAUGGGAUAGGCAAUGUCCAACCAGAUUUGAUGGUCAUGUCUGCCAAUGUGGGGGGAAUUAGUACUAAGGUUAAGCCAGAUGAUUGUGAAUCAAGAAUGUCAACUGAGCCACGACCUUCUUUUGCUUCUACAUUAUCUGCUGUUGUGCUUGAACAUGACAAAACUAACAAUUCAGCGGGUCGUGAUGAGUGUCCGCAUGGUACCUCAACUGAUGAGAGUUUGGACAAUGUGAAGGCUGAUGUUUCUCCAAGUUCUGGUGAAAAGCGAAAGCGUUCUGGGUACAGUUUCCAAAAGGAUGCUGACAGUGGACAUCAUGAAGGUAGGUUUGUGGGUGAAUCUUCAGCAAAAAAGGUUAAGGUUCAGCGACGUACAAGUACUUUGAAUAACCAAGCUGUAUGCCCUCCAGAGGAAUCUCGGAAAAAAAACAGACAGAUAGGAAGCUCAUUAGCUGAAAUUAGUGAUGAUUUUAAGGUGAACAAGAAUAAACCUGUUGAUAUAAUGAGUAUAGUCCAGGGAACAGAACUUAGAACAGCAAAUAGGUCGGAGGGAAAUGGUAAAUGUGCCAAGGGAGAAAAAAAUGCAGCUGGGCUAAGAGUGAAAAAGAUCAUGAGGAGGCCUAGUGAAGACAAAGAGUCAGAUGCCGUAGUACAGAAUUUGAGAAAGGAAAUCAGAGAAGCUGUUCGAAACAGGCCAUCUUGUGAAGUUGGGAAAAGCAUCGUUGACCCGAAUCUACUUGCUGCUUUCAGAGCUGCUGUUUCUGGAUCUAUAGCUGAACCAUCUAAGAAGACAUCUUCUGCAAUUAUCAAAUCGAAGAAGUUAAUGUUGCAGAAGGGAAGAGCAAGGGAGAAUCUCACGAAGAAGAUAUAUGCAACAUCUAGUGGAAAACGACGACGUGCAUGGGAUCGUGAUUGUGAAAUAGAAUUUUGGAAGCAUCGCUGCUUGAGAACUUCUAAACUAGAAAAAAUUGAAACUCUAAAAUCAGUUCUCAAGCUUCUUAGAAGAAAUCCAGAAUCCAAAGUUGUGGAACAGAAUUUUGAGGAAGAUUCCCCAUCUCCUAUUCUUUCAAGGCUGUAUGUAGCUGAUACUUCUCUUUUUCCUCGGAAGGAUGAUAUUAAGCCUCUUUCUGUUCUGAAAGCUGCUGCUUCCAACCAGAAUGGAUCAAUUUCUUCAGCGGAGAAGUGUGUUGAGUCUUGUCCAGACAGCGGUACCGUUAAAUCUUUGGACCGAAAUGAGGACCCAACUAAAAGUGUCCUUGUUUCUGUUGAUGACAAGAAGAAAAGUAUUUGUACCAGUAGUAAGAAUGGAGUAGUUGCUGGAAAGCUCCAAGCAACUGGAUAUCCUAACAAGGAGGCUCCUCAGAAGAUGACUGGUAAAACGGAUGAUGUAAAGGUUGAUAAAAGAAAAUGGGCUUUAGAGGUUCUUGCAAGAAAGAAUGCUUCGAAUGUUUCAAAUCCGAUGCACCAGAAACAUGACAAUACUGCAUUGAAAGGGAAUUAUCCUCUGCUAGUAUGUCAAAUAUUCAUUUUUAGUUUUGUAAUAUUUAUCAGACCUCUAGUCUUCAUCCUAUCAGCUUCUCUGGUUUUGUUUCUUGAUCAGGCUGAAUUACCAACAGAUAUGAGGCCCAAACUAGCAUCCGCCCGCCAUAACAAGAUUCCUGUUUCAGUUCGACAGGCACAACUUUAUCGCUUAACUGAACACUUCCUUAAGAUGACUAAUUUGUCAUCAAUGGUUCGAACUGCUGCCACUGAGCUGGCCGUUGCAGAUGCAAUCAACAUAGAAAAGCAGGUUGCAGAUAGGUCCAGCAGCAAAGCUGUCUAUUUGAACCUUUGUUCACAAGAAAUACGUAAUCAUACAAAUACCAUUAUUUCUGACACUCCACCUACUUCACCCUCUGUACCAGUUUCCUGCACUGGUGAUCAAUCUUUGACACUGGAGCAUCUUAAUUCUGAAGCACAAGAAGCUUUAAGAGCAGCUGGUCUUUUGUCUGAUUCUCCUCCAAAUAGUCCACUUCAUAAAAUGGAAUAUUUCAAUGAUGAUGAGUCCUUCGGAGAGGUCAAAGAAGUAAAGAGCAUAUUUGAAAUGGAUUGUCACCCAGAUCUAGAUAUUUAUGGUGAUUUUGAGUAUGAUUUAGAUGAAGAGGACUAUAUUGGUACUACUGCAAUCGUUGCUUCAAAGGCGCAAGCAGAAGAGGCGGAGUCAAAAGUGAAAGUUGUUUUUUCGACUCUGAGUUCAAAUACAUUGGAUAAUGGUUUAGAGGCUAAAGAGCAGGAUUUGCCAAAGGCUGAUAAUCUAUCAAGCCCACCAAAUUUGCUAGGAUGUCCCAAUGAUCCUGGCUGUGAGGGCUCAACCAUAGAAGAUAAGGUAGAUUCCGUACCACUUGCUGGAGAUACCCCUUUGGUUGGGGAAGGUGAAGUGCUUUCGGUUGCUGAAUGUGAGGAGCUAUAUGGCCCAGAGAAGGAGCCAUUAACCCAACAAAUCCCUGAUCUGGUUCCAGUUGAAAAUUUAGCUUUGCAGAAUGCUAGUAAUCUUAACACCAGCAAUUCUGAUACGACAAAAGUUGUCACUGACUCUGUUCAAGGAAUUAAUGUCGAGACAAACACUUCUGACCCUUCUGAUCCUAUACAAAAGCCCAAGGAUGAGAAGGAUGGUGUUCUAGUGGUUGACAAGAAAAGCGAGCAACCUGACUCUGUGCUUAAAAAGGUUGAAGCUUAUAUUAAAGAGCACGUCAGGCCAUUCUGCAAAAGUGGCGUGAUAACCGUUGAGCAAUAUAGAUGGACAGUGAAGAAAACAACGGAGAAAGUGAUGAAAUAUCACUCAAAGGAGAAGAAUGCUAAUUUUCUAAUCAAGGAAGGUGAGAAGGUCAAGAAACUGGCUGCACAAUACCUUGCGACGGUUAAGCAUAAGGAAAAUAAGUAGUUUUCCGUCCAAUUAUGACCAACAUAUUUUACAUACCUUCAUUUUAAAAUCGCGUACAUAAAAACUGGCGUCCUCUUUUUUUUGAUGGGGUUUCGUGUCAUGAUUUUUGGUUGGUGGGGGUGGAUUCCGUUGGCAGGAUCAUAGCUUUGGAUAGAAAAUGAAAAAAAUGUUAAUUUUUUAAAGGCAAUCUUUUAGGUUAAUUGGUUUCAGUAUUUAUUUGCAGUCAUUAUUUCGGGAUUAAGGUUUUAUCAUAUAUUUUUCGGGAUUAAGGCUUUAGCAUAUAUUUUUGUUGUUUUCGGUCUAGAUGAUUGUGAUCCUUGUUCGUUUAUAUCCCUGAAUGUCAGUCCAAACUUUAUAAGAUUACAUAAUUGAGUCAUAUUUGUGUUGGAACUAUUUUAAGUUCA